CGACGGCAGCGGCCGGGGGGCGGGGAGAGGCGGGGGCGGCCCCGGCGUGGCCAAGGCUCGCGGGCCCGGGCGCGGCCGCCCAGCUGUCGCCGGAGCCCAGCGGAGCGAGCGCGCCAUGGCCGGCCUCAACUCGUUGGAGGCGGUGAAGCGCAAGAUCCAGGCCCUGCAGCAGCAGGCGGACGACGCGGAGGACCGCGCGCAGGGCCUGCAGCGCGAGCUGGACGGCGAGCGCGAGCGGCGCGAGAAAGCUGAAGGAGAUGUGGCUGCUCUCAACCGCCGCAUCCAACUGGUGGAGGAGGAGCUGGACCGCGCUCAGGAGCGACUGGCCACAGCCCUGCAGAAGCUGGAGGAGGCAGAGAAGGCCGCAGAUGAGAGCGAGAGAGGCAUGAAGGUGAUAGAGAACCGAGCCAUGAAAGACGAGGAGAAGAUGGAGAUCCAGGAGAUGCAGCUCAAAGAGGCCAAACACAUCGCCGAGGAGGCUGACCGCAAGUACGAGGAGGUAGCGCGUAAGUUGGUCAUCCUGGAGGGUGAGCUGGAGAGAGCAGAAGAGCGUGCGGAGGUGUCCGAACUAAAGUGUGGCGACCUGGAAGAGGAGCUCAAGAACGUCACUAACAACCUCAAGUCACUGGAGGCUGCUUCUGAAAAGUAUUCUGAAAAGGAGGAUAAAUAUGAAGAAGAAAUUAAGCUUCUGUCUGACAAGCUGAAGGAGGCUGAGACCCGAGCUGAGUUUGCAGAGAGGACAGUUUCCAAACUGGAAAAGACAAUCGAUGACCUGGAAGAAAAACUUGCCCAGGCCAAAGAAGAGAAUGUGGGCUUACAUCAGACACUGGAUCAGACACUAAACGAACUUAACUGUAUCUAACCCAAAUCAGAAGAGUCCUGUUCCAACACCAAUGCGACUCCAGAGAGUGUGCCAUGUCUUCCUCUCUUGUAAGAAGUUCCUCUUGUUACUGUGUCUCCACCUUGCUGGAAAUGCCAAGCAGAUAAUGAAUUCAUGACCAAAUAUUUUGUAUCAGACAAGCUUUGAGCACCACUUAAGUUUCCUUCCUUUUCCUUUCAAAUGGCACCAGCUUCUUCAGCUAGUCUUGUUCUUAAAUUGCAUUUAUUCCUAAAGUAGGCAGGGAAUUUCACACUGAGUGUAGGUGCUUAAGGCUGAGGGCAUUUGGUUCCUGGGAAUUAGUCAGCCCCACACUUUCAAGCACAGGCUCAAGUAUCUGAUAGUAUCUGGUCACUGUUAGGGAAGUUAUGGGAGGCUGGGGGUUGUCACAAGAAAAAGUGUAGGAAUUUUCCACCUAGAGCAAAAAUUAAAAAUGGGCUGCUCUGGGAAGUCAAGCCUGAUCAUGCUGAGUCGGCUCCACACUCCACUGUGCAGAACAAACUUCCUGUAAGCAUUCCAGGUGAGGAGGCUGGGGUGAUUGCCCAUGUGUCUUCAGACAGAUCCUUGAUGCAGUUCCAUGCACAUUUUCCUUCAAUCUAAAAUUAUUCUCUGAGGAGCAAGUGUCUUAUUCCAGGACUUGUCUGCUGCGGUCUAAUGACACGCUCAGCAAGGAGUAUGGCAGAGUCCAAUCCUUUUCACAUCCGUCCUGUCAAAGCCUGCUAGCAAAGCCAGGCACAGAGCGCACGCCUGUAAUCCCAGCACGUGGGAGACAGAGGCGGGUGGAUGGA